AUGUAUAAAGUUAAAUAUUUCUCUUGGCAUAUGGUUGUUUGUAUUUAAAUCAAACUAAAUCAAAAAUUCCUAAUAACUGCGCUAGCUAAAAAGAUAUUAGGUAACUUUACGCUUAAUAUUAUUAUCUUAGUAAUACAAAUUAACUUCAUAGAAGAUAAACUUUUUGGAAUAAAUUUGUAGGUCAAACAUAAACUACUUGAGUGA